UUUUCUUAAAAAAUUUUCCUUUAACAGAGUAGAGUAGAGAGAUUUCCUUGUACAGGCAGUGAAAUCUCAUCUACUUAUCACUGGGAAGUCUCCUGUUUCUCCUCGGAGAGCUUGCAACCCUGACAAGAAAUGGAAGGGACGACCCACAAACCAACCUCCCAAAGGAUCCGAUCUUUCAGGAUCGCACUGGUGACAGGGGCCAACAAAGGAAUUGGGCUUGAGACAUGCCGGCAGCUGUUGUCCAAAGGCGCGACGGUCAUCUUAACAGCCAGAGACGAGCAGAGGGGACUUGCGGCUGUCAGAAACCUUCAGGCUUCGGUUGCAUCUGAUGUGCUGUUCCAUCAGUUGGAUGUGGCUGACUCCGCUAGUGUUUCUUCCUUGGCAGGUUUCAUCCAUGACCAGUUUGGGAAGCUUGAUGUACUGGUGAACAAUGCAGCAGUUCAUGGAGUAGGAUUAGAUCCUCAGAUUUUGGGUUCCUCUGUGCAAGUGCCAAACAAUUUAACAGACUUGAGAAAUGCAAUAAUAGAGACUUACGACAUGGCUGAAGAAUGCCUCAACAUAAACUAUUACGGAACGAAGAGAGUGACUGAGGCGCUCCUUCCUCUACUUCAGUCAUCGCAAUCACCAAGGAUAGUGAAUGUUUCCUCACUCUACGGAAAACUAAGGUAUAUCCCUGACAGUAAAAUUAAAGAAGAGAUGAGGAACGUUGAUGUUCUAUCAGAAGAUAGAUUAGAUGAACUGUUGCAGUCCUUUUUAAAUGAUUUUAAGGGAGGGAAGCUGCAAGAAAACGGCUGGCCGACCAGAACAUCUGCAUACAUGGUUUCUAAAGUUGCCGUGAGUGCUUACACAAGGAUCCUUGCUAAGAAGUACCCCAAGUUUUGUAUCAACUGUGUGGACCCUGGAUUUGUCAAAACAGACAUAAACUAUAACCUUGGAGAACUGCCUGUUGAAGUAGGUGCUCAAGGACCUGUGUUUCUGGCUAUGCUUCCUGAUGGCAGCCCAUCAGGACACUUCUAUGAUCUGGAAGAAAUGUCAUCAUUUGAGUAAAUUUAUAGUCUGAAAUAUAGAAAACAGCUUUGUUUUAUGUGAUGUAAUUUUCUUUUGUUUCUAUUUUACCACUGAUGUGCAAGUUUGGUGAUCCUUAGACCUUCAUGACAUACUUGCUGAAAGUUCUUGUUACAGUUAUAAUCUGUUUUACGCA